AUGCUUCCAGGACUGCAGCCAUCGCGCCCGAAGCCUCCACAGCAGUCCGCGGUCCCUACUUAUGCCCAACAGCAGCGACGCGCUGUGCACGAAGCCGCCCUUCAAUCACCACCACCACCACCAGGCGCCCAAGCUACUGUUUCACAUCCCCGGCCUCGAAGUCAGAUUGAGGCCAUGCCUCCCUUUCCUCCACGACAACCCUCUACAUCCCCCUUCUAUGACAGCGCCGUGCGGCACCCGGUGUUCUUCACCCAGAACUUGAAGAAGCCACCCUUUCCCAUACCCCAGAUUGCGAGUCAGGGUUGGAGUCCUGUUGCAAACGGGUAUAUAAUGGAGCAGCAAAGGGCGAUGGCUUCCGAGCCAAAGACGAAGUUGUGA